AUGAUGGAGUUGAGUCAUAGUUUGCUUUUAAAUGAAGAAGCAUUAAAACAAUUGCCAGAAACUAAAAGACCCGUUUUUAUCUUUGAAUGGCUUCGUUUCUUAGAUAAAGUAUUAUUAACUUCCAAAAAAGUAAGUGUGUUUAUCGUUUUAAGGUCGUGUAUUGGCAGACAUUUGUUUACUAUAGACUUACAAAUAUAAACAUACAUGGUACAUACACAAUCAUUUUGAAUUUGAAUUAAUUUUUUAGUAGUAAUGGUACGCCUAUCAUUUUAAAUUUUUAGAAAAUACAUUUUACUUGUGUGUGCAUAAUUUUUGUGAAUGUAAUUAAAAAGUGCCAUCUUUGUUGAUAAUGUUACACUAACAUAUAUUGUUAUUAAUGCAUUUUGAAUUUUUUUGACCAUAACUUUCUAGGGAAGUUUGAACGACUUAUUUUUGAAAGUAAUAUCAAAUUAAGCAUGCAUUUAAAACACACAUUUUAAAAAGAAAUCUAAAAAAUUGCUUAGGAGCUAAUCUGCAUUAAUUUCCAAAUUAUAAUUAAUAUAUAUGUAUAAAUAUAUAUUUAUAUAUAAUAUAUUAAAGUAAAUAAUGUUUUUGUUUUUGAUAUUGCAUUUUUGGCAAACCAAUAAAAUAAAAAUAAUUUGCAUGCAUAUAUAUAUUACCUAUAUUACAAUUAAAAUAGUAUACUUACAUAUUACCUUCCUACAUUGUAAAACAUUUUAAUUUUGAUUAAAUCAAAUCUUAUUAACAUCACACAACAUAAUUCAAUUUAUAUUCAUAGCUUUUAACAUGAGUAUCUUGUUUCAAACAUUUAUUGGAAAUAUUUUGCUAGCUUUCAUUUAAAAAAAAUGUAAACAUUGAAAAUCACCUAGCACAUUUGUAUUAUUUAAAAUUUAACUUAAUAUAUUAAAAUAAAAUGCUUGGCUUUUUAUAAUAGAGUGCCGAGUGAGGUUUUGGUAUGUGUGUUAAUGAGAAUAAGAUUUCCAAGAUUGUAUAUUAGUUUUAUAUGUAUGUAUGAACUAUGCAGUUAAAAUACAAGUAUAAGAAGUGUGUGUGGAAUAACUGAGGAUUUUAAAUUUUGAUUCAUCACUUCACUUAUCCACCUAUGCAUUCUCAUCUCUUCCACUCGUCUAUUGUCCUCCCACACACCCGAAAUAAGACAAUCUACCUAAGUUUUAUAUAAAAAUCCUCAUAAUGUUAUUUUUAAUUUUACACUGGCUGUGACUUGACGUAACCUCAAUUUUCUACUCUUAUAACAGGUAAAGGUACUAUGGGGGUGUUUUGAUCCCCUCUCACAGAAAGAAUAUUAUCUUUAACUUUAAUGUGAAUUCUUUCACCCUACAGAAAACAAUACUGGACUCACCCACCUGGGCUUUAAACCAGUAGGAGCUUGUGGUUUCGAGUUCGCUAAACCCAUAACAUCAUAUUUUAUUAGGAAUGUACUUAUUUUAUUUUCAUUUUUUUAGGUUGAUAUUAAAGAAUGUCAAAAAAAAAUGGUUGAUCAGUUAACUAGUUUAAUUCAAGAAAAUCCAGGUCCACCAACUAGAAUAUUAAUUGCUAAAUGCUUGUCUACAUUGUUUAAUGUUGGUGAUACAUUUCUACUUUUUGAUACUGUUAACAAAUGUAAUGAUAUGUUGCGUGUUAAAGAUGAUUCUUUGACAUACCUUUCCACAAAAUUGUAUGUAUUCAAAUUAACUAUGAACAGUAUUAUUAUAAUCUUAAUUAUCUAGUGAUAAAUGUAUGUAAAAAAUAAGUUUUGUAAACAUAAGUACAUUGACUUGUGUACAGAUUGUCUUAUUUAUUACAUAAGUGGAUUUAAACUAACCUUUUUUUUUUUCUGAAAUAUUCCUUGUCACCUAAUCAUGAUGUAGCAUGUUUGUUAAGCGUAAAGUUUAAAUUUCCAAUCACAGACAAUCUGCAUAAAAUUAUUUUCUUCUUUAAACUCUUUCAUAUUAAUAAAUAAAUGUGAUUUGGCUUAUUGGACGAAUAUGAUUUGAUAAAAGUUGAUAAAAGAAUUUAAAACAAAAAUUAUAUUAUUUAUGCAAAUUUUUCCUGAUGUAAUUUCCUCUAGACAUUUUGGUAGAAUACUAUUUUUUUAUAAUCCUUUUAUUUUCAUUCAAUUAUUUACCUAGGAAUUUUUUUUUUUUUUAUUUAAUUUUAUACUGGUUACUUAUUAGAACUUACUUUAUUCACUAAACUUGUAUUUUAACUACUGGUAUAAAGUUAUACCAGUAUAUAAAUAUAUAUUUUCAUUACAGUAAUAUGGUAUUAUUAUUAAAACAGUUUUCCCAAAUAUACAUUUGAGCCCCUAGUCUGGAAUAAAUUGAAUUAUUGAGAUUGUAUUGUAUUCACUUAAUUUUUGGAAAUAAUUUUGUUUAGAGCUGCAAUAACUUGUAUGGGAUAUAUGUACAAAAAUUUGGGUCGUAUGAUGGGACGUUCUUAUGAAGAAACUGUUUAUAUUUUAAUUAAAUGUCUUAAAAAUGCAGAAUCACAGAUGAGAGUGGAAAUAAUUAUAACCUUAGAAAAGGUACCUAAUUAACUAUUUUUUUUUUUUUAAAUAAUUUAAACAUUUUGUCUAUAUAUUUAUAAAUAGAUUUGUUCUGGUAUGGGAAGUGUUAUGGGUAACAUUCAUAAAGAUAUUUACAAAGCUAUUAGACAUUCUCUGACUGAUCGAGUUAUGGCUGUCCGUACUGCUACUGCUAAAGUAACCCAAAUUUAAAUAUUAUUUCUGUUAUACAUUUUAAUCAUAUUUUUAUGUUUAGUGUUUGUUUGAAAUGAUAAAACAUUCUAGUUUUUUAUAUACAUCAGAUUUAGAAAAUGUGGCCACAUUAUGUUUCCGAUCAUUUGAGAAUGCUAAUUAUGAAGUAAGAUGUUCUGUGGCAAAAUUAUUAGGAUUUUUAAUUGCUUCUACACAAAUCCAAAACAAGGAGCAUCAUACCAGUAUAAAAAUUAACAUAAAACAAAUUACAAUAAAAUUAUUAUUAUUAUAAUUUAAAAUAAUUUUAGUUCAGACAUCAAAAUCAACAAAGUGUGUUACAUUAGAAGAUGCAUUGACAAUAUUAAUGAAUGGUUUUUUAAGAGGUGGUACUGGUUUUCUUAAAGGAACUGGAGAAAUAAUAAAAGGGACUACUGGUAGUCAUCGAGAAGUUAGGGUUGGUGUUACAUAUGUAAGUAUUUUAUGAUGAUAUUCAAGUUAAUAAAUUAUUAUUAUAUUAGUUUUUUUGUAUUUUUAAAUGUUUAGACUUAUGUGGAAUUUGUUCAUUCUUUGGAAGUGACUUGGUUGGAAAAAAAUUUAAGUGUUUUCAUGCGCCAUGUUUUAGAUUUAGUUGCCAAUCCAAAAUCAGCAUCGUCUCAUGUCGAUGCUGUAUAUUCUAGGAAAUGCAUUAGCUUUAUACUACGUAGUGUUCUUGGACAAAUGCUUAGUGAAAAAGCUCAAUCUUCUGCUUGUAAAGAAUUAGCUCUAAUUGUUAAGAAACAAAUGACUUCUAUUGGUAAAAGAAAUUUAAUUAGAAUUAAUUAAGUAUAUAUAUACUUGUAAUAAUAUGUUAUUUUAGAUUUUAGUCCAGAAAAUGCUAAAGAUUUUAACCAAGAAACCAUAUUUGGACAACAUUUUCUUGUAUGUGCAUUACAAGAAAUUGGUUGUUUAUUACUUAAUAUGGGCACAAUGGCUAAUAAUCUUAUAUCGGAUAAUACAUGCAGUAAGUUAUAAUUAUUUAAUUUUGUUUAUUAUAUGUUAUGGUUUUUUUUUUUCACAUUUUAAGAUGUAAUUGAGACUGCUUUAUCUGUUAUGCUACAUCCAAGUCAAGCUGCUCGGUUGGCAGCUGCGUGGUGUAUACGGAGUAUUUGUAUUGCCAUACCAAGCCAAUGUACUCCUUUAAUUGAUCGGUACUUUAUUAUUAUCAAUUAUUUUUUCCCCCAAUACCUCAAUAUCUAACAACUCAAGAUUUUUAAUAUUUAAUUAAAAACUAAUUUGUAUUAAUUAGAUGUAUUGAGAAUAUUGAAAGUACAAGAGCUACACCAGAAAUAAUUUUUGGUUAUAGUGCUGUACUUAUUGGCAUUCUUGGAAGUGUUAAUAUUUCACCUUUGGGAAUUCCGCAUAUGCGAGGAAAGGUUAGUUUUUGUAUUAUUAUAAAUAUAUAGAUUUAAUAAAAUAUGAUAGUUAUAAUAUUUGUAUUUUAUAUAUUAUAUCUAAUCUUGUGUGAUUUUGUAUUUAACAAAUAGAUAAUUUUUAAUACUGCAGAAGAUUUACUAAGAAGUGCUAGUCAAAAUAGUCGACUUUCACUUAGUAGAACCCAAGCUGGUUGGUUAUUAAUUGGUGGUGUUAUGACGUUAGGUAUUUAUUAAUAUUGUACACAAAUAUUAUUUAUUAAUAUUUAAAAAAAAAUAUUAUUUAUUUAUGGUUGUUUAGGUAUUAGUGUUGUCCGAGGACUUUUACCACGCAUGCUUCUAUUAUGGAGAAAUUCUUUUCCUCGAUCUUCUAAAGAACUAGAAUCUGAAAAAGCCAGAGGAGAUGCAUUUACUUGGCAGGUAGAAUAUUGUACAAUUUCUUUGUUUAAUAUUUAUAUUACUAAAAAUGUAAAAUAUUGGUUAUAUUAUUUUUUUAAAUAUCAGUUGAUCUUAGAAGGCCGAGCUGGAGCUCUUGCAUCUAUUCACAGUUUUUUAUUUAAUUGUAAUGAAUUAGUCACUGAAGAUAUUAUUAGAAGAUUAUUAAUUCCAAUUGAAUCUGCUCUUGCAAUGCUUAUCAAGUAACAUUCUUUAUAUUAUUUUUAUUGAUAUAAAUAUGUUUAUAAUGAAUUAUAUAUAUAUAUUAUAAGUAUGGAAUUAUGUAGUUGUAAUAAUCAAUACAUUAAUAUUAAAUGAUGAAUUCAACCCCUAAUACAAAUUAAAUUUACUCAGUAUUUUAAACAGUUGUAUUAACAAUACUUUAGAAUGAGGAGUUUUGUAUCUUUUACAUUGAAAGCUUACAAAUUAUUUUUGUAUUUAUGAGAUAUCUCGAUUUUGAGUUCUCACAUUGAUGUGCCAUAUCAGAUUCGCAUAUUUCAGUCGAAAACAUGCUAAAGAGAAAUGUAAUAGUUAAGGAGCAUAGGCAUUAUGAAAAUCUACAUGUGUGUUCGAUAAGUCCUAGUUUAGAUAAUUCUUUUUUUAACAUUAUGAGGUUUAAAGUUAAGUUUUGAACCAAAAAAAUACACCCAAAAUAUUUAUUUCAUUUACUCAAAAUAUUUUAAUUUUUUUUGUUUUAAUCAAAAAUAGUGGAUUUUUUUUGUAAGUGAAAGGAAUAGUGGCUCAUUUCUCUAUAUUAAAAAGAAAUACAUUGUUUUCAUUAGACCAUUAUUAGAAUGAAUUUAAAUCAUUUUGAAGUAGCAGAAUAUCAUUUUGACAGUGAAUUGUGUUAAUUAACUUAAGAUCAUCUGCUAAUAAUGAAAAGCUGGUGUGUUGUAAUUUAUCAGUAAUAUCAUUUAUAAAAAGUAAAAAUAACAAUAGUUUCCUUAAGGGACACCAGAUACAUCAAUAUUAUCAGAAAUAGAGUUCUCAUAUUUAACAAAUUGAGUACAAUUUGUUAACAAGGAUUCAAACUAUGAGAGAAGUGGAUCACAAAGACUAUAGGCCUUUAUUUAAGUAUUAAUAAUUUGUGAUUCACUCUGUCAAAAGCUUUUUCAAGAUCUGUGUAAAUAAUAUUAGUUUAGCUUUUAUAUGCAUUGCUUCAAGUUUUAUUAAAUUAAUUUAUUGUAGGCAGAAAAUUCUCAAUUCUGUCAAACUAUGCCUAAUAGUUGAUUACUAUAUUAUUAUUGUAACUUGUUAUUACGUUUUCCCAAAUAACAAUUAUUCUUAGAAGUAUCUAAAUCAUAAAGAAUUACAAAUAUUUUUCAAAUAUUGUUUUAACUUUAUAAUAAUAAUAAUAUUAUUUCUAUUGAUGGUUAAAUCUUUAAGAAAAACAAUUAAUAAAACAAACGUUUUAGUAUUUAACUAUUGUUGAAAAUACUUUUAAAACAUUUUUAGAAAUACUGUGAAACACCAUAAAAUACUUCCAAAAGUAUUUAAAUACAAAUAUCUAAAUAUGUACUAGUAUUCGAAUAAUUUAAAAGACUGAUUAUAAGUAUAUAAAAUGAAACAAUAUAAUAUAAUAAUAACUAGUGAUUGGCACUAUUGAAUAGUUAAAACUGUUGAAUAGUAUUCAAUAGUUAAAAUAAACUAUCACAUACUAUUCUAAUGUUUUUAAAAUAACUGAUUAGUAGUUUUUCAAAAAAAACUAUUAGUUUUAUUUUUCGGAUUAUUCUGUCAUAUAUUAAUACUAUUAGAAAUUUCAAUUCAUAAGUUAUUACUUGAAAAUUAAUUAAUUAAUUAUUUUUAUCAACAAACAAGUCGCUGUCCUAUUCUAAGUAGUAGCUCACUACCUCGGCGGCUUCAAAUUCUUAUUUUUUAAGAUUAAGAACCAUCAAAUAUAUUUGUAACUAUUUGAAUAGUUUGAUAGUGAUUAUGGAAUAGUGCCCAUCUUUAAUAAUAACUGUCCAAUUUUUACUUACAUGUACUAACACUAUUUUUUUUUAAAUUUAAGAGUUUGAAUUUAGUUUUAAAACAAAAAUGUAAUUUAGUUUAAGAAAACUUAUAGUUGAAACUUUAACAGUUUUUAUAUUGUAUUGUAUUCACAUUUUGUAUUUAUAUAUAUAAUUAUUAAUGUAUCUGUAUAAUUAUUAAUUACUGAUUACUUUUUAUUUGUAUAUUAUAAAAUGAUAUUUGUGUUUAGUAUGAAUUCUGUUGUUAAAAGUUGUGGUCAACAUUUGAAAGCUCCAAUAGCAUUAGUCAGAUUGCGAUUGUAUGAAACAUUAUCUUUGAUUCCUGCCCAAGAUUUUGAAGGUAAUAUUUAAGUAUGAUAUUUAUAUUUAGUUGAUGCAGUGGGGAGGUUAGUUUUUGAUUUUCCUCUUAAUUUUUUGUUAUCUGGUAAAAUUGGGAAAUUUAUAUCAUUAUCAAAGUUCCUAUGUUGUAAUUUGGCUUAAAAUAACCAUAGAUCCCUCAGAUUUUUAUGUUUAAAUAUUUAAAAAAUUCUGUUGAUUUCUAAGGAAUUUUUAUGUAAACAAAAUUGUUUGGCAGAACAAAAUUGCUUUAAAAUUGUAUACAUGGUUUGUCAUAAAUUGUUUUUUGUAGUUUAAAAAUAAUUGAUUAAUUAAUGGACGUAUGUAGUAGUUUUUUUAAAGCAUUUUAAAUUCAAAUUAUGUUACAAAGUUUAUAUGGAAAUUUUUUUUUUUUCUUUUUUAAUUUUAUUUGCAUAUACAGUUAAUUGCUUAAUAUUCAUUUGUUAUUUUAAUUUUAAUGUAAUUAUCCUUGAGAACAAUAUAUUGCAUAGUAUUAUAUUAUAAUAUGUUAAUUACAGCUUCAUUUACACAUAUUUUGAGAUUAUUAGUCUCAGAGUUUACAUUGGCUGAAAAUCCUACUAACACUGUUACGUCAAAAUUAAGAUAUGUUUGUCAAAAUGAAGAAGGAAUAUUAUUGGGAAUAUGUCCAGUUCAACAUUCACACCAUCAAACAAUUGAAGAUCAGGUAAUGAUUGAAAUUAUGUUAUGUAAUAUAUUGUAUAGCAGGGGUUUCCAAAAUAAGAUCUGCAUCUCGCCCACUAAUAAGUUUUCAUUGGCCCCUGUUUAAAGGAAUUAAAUAUAUUUACUUAAUUUAGAAAUCUAGUUCCAAAAAAUUUUGAUGUCAAAUCUGAAAAAGUAAAUAUUCAGUUAUGAUAUUGAGAAGACUCUUAGCCUUCAAAUGAAAAUGAUUAAUUUGCAAUGCAAUGGGAAACACUUAAAAUCAAAUACCUAUCCUUGUUAAUUUUUAUAAAAUCCUUCCAGAUACACUUUACCUAAUCUUGAAAUUUUAAAUUUUUAGGACCCAAAAAAAAAAAAAAAAAAAUUUGGACCCUGCUUUAUAGUAUUCAGUGAACUAUAAGUUAUAAUAAAUUUUGAAUUGUUCUAAUUACUUUUCAUAUUAUCUAUGAUUUCAAUUAACUUUUUUGGGUUCUAAACUUGCUGCUUAUUAAUAAGGUGGAUUGUUCAAGAAAAGUUGAAUAUGAUUACGUAAGUUUUAAUUAGCCAAUAACCAUAUUUUGUGUAUGUAUAACUAGUAAUUAGAUCUGAUCAGUUAUAUGUGUUUUGAAAUACCGUACUUUUAAGAUUUUUGUAAUUAUUUGAUCAUAAUAUAACACUUAAGAAAAAGAAAAUACUACUCAAACUUUUUUUUUUACCACUCAAAACAAUUUAUAAUGGACCUUGUGUUCAAUUUUUAAGCAACCAAGUGGCACAAUUUUAUAGAAUAAAAAAUUAAAUAAAACUCAAAAAAAUCAAAUGCCAAUAAAAAUAUCUCAAAAAUUGGCAGAAUGUUUUUAAAAUUAUAUCACAUAUCAAAAAUCCAAUGUAAGUAUUCUAUGAAAAUUUCAGCUUUAUUAUUUUUUUUAGCAUAGAAUUAUAAGAUAAAACAAAAUUGAAAAUAUUGAGACUGUUAUUAAUUCUGUAAACUUCUCUGUUUUUUUCCUGGUUUUAAUAAAUUAUUAAAUGAACUGCCUUAAAUAUUAAAUAAUGAUCCUAAAUUACAACUCUUGAAAUAUGGAGCAAGAUUUCUGGUAGAAAUGUUGUUUACAAACAGAAAAAAAAAUAAGCAUACAUUACAGUAAAUAGUAUAGUAAACUAUACUGUCCACUCAUUAUCUAAUAAAAUAAUCUAAUAUAUAAUACACAUAUUUCAAUCAAAACAAUCAUAGAUGAUAUGUUGAUAUUUAUUGUUUUGUAAUUGUGUAAUUGAAGAAAGUUUGUGUUAUAUCAUAAAAAUAAAUAAAUAUAGUUUUUCAAAUUAAUUAUUUGUAUAUUAUAUUAGAAUAGUGGUGCAUCAAUCAUAUUUGUAUGGUGGCAUAUGCGUACAGUGCAUGGCGUGUUAAUAAUGCAUUACUACUCUCCUUCUACCUAAACUUAACAUGUGGAAUAUUUCGUCAACAGGUUGACAGGAAUCAAAAAUUUGAAAACCAAAAUUUAUUUUAAAUAAUGCUCCUUCUAUUUAUAAUGUUUUAAAUAUAGGUUGCCAUUUGAAAAUCUGAAGUAGGUAGUGGUUUUACCUUCCUUCACAAUAAAAGAAAAGGUGACAAAAAAUAAUGUAAAUGUAAAAUUAUAAAGCUGUUUGUUUCCUAAAUGUUCUAUAAAAUAAAUUCUGAAAAAAUGUAAUACUUUUUCCAAGAUAAAGAGUGUCUCCACUUGAAUGGAUCACUAAGUACAUAAAAAAUUUACAGAGUUAGAUUUGAAAAUUAUAUUUGUUUAAAUUAAACUAUGAAUUAAUUCAAAAAGAUAUUUAUUAUAGAUAAAUAUGUAAUAUUUAAAUGUAUUAUAUUUAUUUCAGCUCAUUCAAAAUAAUGCCAUAGGAUCAGGUGCUUUAGAACAUGAUCCUAGAUAUCUUUACCUUUCAGUAUCUAAAGUAAGAAGUAAAUUCAUAAAUAAUAAAUAAGUUUGUUUGUUAUUUGCAAUUGAUUGUAAAACAUUAAAUAGUUUUUCUUACUAGUAUUCCAUACUUCUUGGUAGAUAUUAUACAACCUCAAAAUAUGUUAAAUUUGUAUUUAUUAUUAAUUACACAUUUGAAUAUUAUCUUACAAUUUAUAUCAUAGAAACAUGAUAAUUAAUUGUAUAAUAUAUCAACAAAUAUUACCACUAACAAAAAAUAUUUUAAAAAUCAGAUAGGCAGUGAAACCAUAUAGGCUACAGUAAUUCUAAUUAAUAAUAUGGAAUAUAUAGUUUUAACUGUAAUAGUCUGAAUUCACGGGGUUCAUUUAUUUUUAAAUUGUAUCUAUAUACUUUUAACUUUUCAACUAUUAUUUGACUUUUUAUAUUAUUUUAGUUCACUUCUCAUAGGAAAGAAAUAAAAAUAUUUCUAUUUUUUGUUACCUUAUACUACUAUUUUUAAAUGAAUAUGUAAAAAACAAACAAUUGCUUUAAAAUUAUUACCUAUCAUAAAAUUACCUAUGUUAUCACUAAUUAUAUACUAAAUAAAUAGUAAAAUAUUUUAUAGGAUGAUAUUAUACCAUGUCCUUUACCACUUGGUGUAUCUGUAAUUGAUGCAUCUGUUACCUUAUUUGGUUUGAUAUUUCCUCGUGUGGCUAAUAAACACAGAAUUCAAAUGAUAGAUCAUUUUAAUGAUCAAAUAAAAUAUUCAAAGUCAUGCAGAUGUGAUGCUAUUUCCACAAACAUUUUUGCUUCAAUUUUAGCUGGUCUCAAAGCACUUUCAGAUACUAAAUCAACAAUUGGACAUGAAGAAAUUAAAACAACUACAGCUACUUUAAUUAUGGUAUUAAAUCCAAUUUUCCACAAAUGAUACAUUUAUAAAUGGAAUGAAAUAUAAUUUUGCGUAAAUUACAUUUUUCUAUAAUUUAUAUGUAUUUUUUUUCUUUUUAGAAUGCUUUAACAAAUGGUAAUACUAUUUUACGUGUUGCUGCUGCAGAGAGUGUUGGACGCAUGGCUCAAGCAGUGUCAGAUUCUAGGUUUACUGCUAUGCUUGCUCAAACUAGUUUUGAUCGUCUUCGAUGUGCCAGAGAUGUGCCUAGUCGAACUGGACAUUCUUUAGCACUCGGUUAUUUACAUAGGCAUGUUGGUGGUAUGGGAUCAUCGCAUCAUUUGAAUACUAGUGUUAGCAUUUUACUUGCUUUAGCUCAAGAUACAACAUCACCAAUUGUUCAAGUAUAUAAAACUCUUAAAAAUCAAUUUAUGUGUAUUUUAGGGUGGCCGUAAUUUUCAAAUACCACAAACAUAUUUGGUUCUAUACGCUGACCAAGAAAUUCACAAAAUUCAUAGCUGUAUCUCAAUAUUAACCUGUGUUGAAAUUAAUUCCAAUUUUUACAAUUCAAUAACAUAAAUUAAUAAGUAAUUGUAACAAGUUGUAAUUAUUAUUAUUUUUCAGCUUUUCCAAAAAUUUUGAAUAUGAUGGAUAUUAAUCAGGUACCUGAAAAUUUGUCUAUAGAAUGUUGAACUAUUUGGUUUUUCAUUUUCUGCACAUACGUAGUGAACAAAUAUUAUUUAUUGAUAAAUUAAUAUACUCUAGCUCUAAUUCUCUUUUUUGCACAAAAUACAUCAAAUAUUUGUGCAUGUGCCAUUUUUAACUCCCAGUUUACUUGAAUUUUUCAAUUAAUUAUUUGUUUUUAUUUUUAUUAAUGUCUCAAUUAUAUAAAUUCUAUAAUUAAUUUGGUUGGAUCCUGCCUUUUUCACUGUGUGCCUGUGUUUUGUGCUCAGUUCCCUCUCCCACACUUGGUGUUUUAAUCAGUCAUUAUCUGUGUUUGAGUACAUCUUCAUUGUUACUAAAUUCCAAUAAAUUAAUUUUUAUAAUUAACUCAUAAAUACAAAGAAAACCAAAAAAUUGAAAGUAAACUUUGAGAUAAAACUAUAAAUGUGCAAAAAACAACUGUAGAUAGAUUAUAUAAAUUUAUCAGCAAAUGGUAUUUUCAUUGACAAUUGAGGAAUUUUAAAACAUAUAGACAAUGAUUUAAUGAUAUUAAAUUAUUGCGCAUGCUCGAAAAAUAAAGAAAAAAUAUUUAAUGUCCUAUUGUCAAAGAUUGAGGUACUUGACCAAUUUUCACUAUUUUCCAAAUUUUUAAAUUCUUUUGUGUAUCUAAUAAUAUAAAAUAAUAAUAAUUUCAGCAUAUUAAAACGUAAAAUUUCAAAUUUAUUUUGACACUGGCAAAUAUUGAAAUACAGCUGUGUUUUAAGUUUUUUUUUUUUUUUCAAAACACAAAACUGAACAAUUUGGAAUAACAAAAUAACGUCCACCCUGAUGUUUUUUAUACAAUUUAAUAUGUAAAAAUCUGUUUAGGUCUGGUCUCUUCAUGCAUUAUCUCUCAUAGCAAAUUCAGGAGGACCAAUGUUUAGAGGUUAUAUAGAACCUUCAUUAUCAUUAGCCUUAAAACUUUUAUUAAUAGUUCCACACUAUCAUGCUGAUGUGCAUCAGUGUAUUGGUAAAUUAAUUUCAGCUUUAAUAACUACCAUUGGACCAGAGUUACAAGGUUUUUAUAAUUAAAUAUAAUAAUUAUUUAAGAUAUUAACUAAGAUUUUAGAAUGUGUAUAAUUCACAUUUCUGCACUCAUGAAUCUAAUAUAUAAAUAAUAAUUGUAUAGACCCAAAAAUUAUAUAAUAAUAAUUAAUAGAAUUAUUAUCAUUGACUCUAAUAUAAUAAUUUGCCAAGAUUAUCUUAAAGCCUAAGAAAUAUUAAUGUCCAAAAAUGUUAGAUAGGAUUAAAUGAAAUAAAAAAUUAUUUUCUACUAACUUUUUACUGACUUAUACUUGGCAAACAAGUUAUAAAUUAUGACAGUUAAAAUUUCAGAGUUUAAAUAAAUAGAAGAACCAUGUUUCACUUUUAUUUAUAAUAAGAAUGAUUAAUAUGAUUUGUUUAUAAAAAUGUUACUAUCAUUAUUUAGAAAAUCUGAGUUUAAAAAUUAUGAUUUUCCUUUCUUUGUUGUUGUUAAAAACUAUUUUGAAUGUUCUUCUGAUAUUUAUGUCAAUUUGUAAAUAAGAAAUUCAAGUUUGACCGUUGCAAGAUGAUAUUGUAUUUGUUUAAAUCUGAUUUGAAGUGCUUUUUCAAAGUAGUAGUUCAAGUUUAGUGUUUCAGGACACUAUUUUGGGACUAUAUAAAAUGAUUAUUUAAUUAUUUUUUCAAGCAACCAAACUAGGCCAAAAAACAAAAAAUUAAAAAAUAUUUUUUAGCCAAUUUAGAAUGUGUGAAAUUUAAAUUGAUCAAAUACCUAUCAUUAUAAUAACUCAUAGUGUUAACAAAAUACCAUAAAACUAGUUAAUAGAAUUCUGUAUUUUUAUAUAUGUUUUUAUUGUUUAAUAUAUUGGCUUUCAAUUAAAAUUUAAUUAAGUACAUAACCUACCUACCUAACCAAAAAGUGAUUUAAAUAAAAAUUAAAUUAAUAAAUUAUUAAACCUUGACAUUAAAAUAAUAAUAUCACUUAAAAAAUGUAAUCAAAAUGUUAAAAUAUAUAUGUACUUAUAGUACAUAUAUAAAUGCAUGGCACAAAUGUUUUAUUCUGUAUGAUAAUAUAUAAUAAUAAGUUUGCAAAAUUCUCAUUCUGUUUACAAUUAUUGUAUAAUUAUCAGGAAAUAUUAAUAUAGAGAGAAGCCAGUUCAAUUUUUGGCAGGUUAUAAUUUUUUUACAGAAUCAACCUCCUGGAAUAUUACUACUUUAGCAUUAUAUAAUAAUUAAAUUCUGUCAGGUCUUGUGUGAGAAUUUAUUGCAGCUUUGUUUUUUUUUUUCAACGAUAAUUAAUAAUAUUUUAGUUUCAACAGUUAGAACAUAUUUAUGAUAAAAUAUAUACACAUAUAUAUUUAUUUUUGUAGUGAUAAUUAAUAUUUUGAUUCAGGUAAUUCAGCUUCAAUCACAACUGCACGGUCAUCAUUUUUGUGUGCCUGUGCUAUAAUGCAGGAUCAUGAAGAUCCCCUAGUUCAAGCAGAAUCUACAGUGUGUCUUCAAGAACUACAUUUAUUUACACCACGACAUGUAAAUUUGACUGCCUUAGUUUGGCCUUUAUGUGUAAGUAUUAAAAUUACAUACAAUUUAGAAAUUCUAUUUAUAUAUGCUUUGUGCCCUAAAGUUAAUGAAUUUGUUUGCAUUUAUGUUUUUAUUAUUCAACCUUAACAAUUUUAAAAAAUAUUCUUCAGGUAUUUUCAAGAUAUUAAGUGAUUGUUAAACAAAUUUGUUUUGUCUAAAUAUAUUAAAAAUAGAAUAAGGUUUGAGUUACAAUAAUGUAUUUGUCAUAUAACUUAAAAUUUUAGAUUCGGAGCGUAGUGAGGGAUCAAUUGGUUUUAAUAUGAUGUGUAAGUUUUUAAUUUUUUUUGAUGAAAAUCGUAAAUAUAAAGGUAAUAAUAUUACCUUUAUAAAAACCUUUCAAAACAUGUAUAACCGAUCUUUGCUCCGAAUCAUUUUUCAUUAGCAAUAGUUUAUUGUUGCUUACAGAUAUAAAUUAAAUAACCUUAUGUAUCCUAACUUCCCACCCGCAACAGUAGUACACCUAUCCCCAGUUUCAGUUCUUUGAGAUUGUGAGAGUAGCGAAAAAUGGAUUACAAAGAUGUUUUUUUUAUACAGUUUAUCUCACGAAGAUAUACACCUUGAAUAUCUAUGGAGAUAAUAAAGAUAAUUAAAUUCUUUUAUUUAUUUUUUUAUUAAAACAUUUUUAAAAAUAACUUUAUUUUAUUAAUUUCGGAAAAUUUAAAGAUACUCAUUCUAUAAAUAUAAUUUUUCUGAAAAUUUUAUUGAGUCACAUUUUUAUAUCUGAUAAACAGUUUUUAUGUAACAGCCAUUUAAAUUCUGUUAAUCCUUGUGAAAACCGAUGGUAUCGUGUAACUCAGUUAGGUGUUAUUCCCUAAAUAACAUCAGUUUUCAUAUGGAUUAGUAGAAUUUAAAAUGACUGUUACAUAGAAAUUAUUCAUCGGAUAUAAAUGUGUGAUACUAUGAGUAAUAUGAAAAAAGCAGAGUUUGAUUAUCUUUGUUAUCUCUAGAGAUAUUAUCAAGGUGUAUAUCUUCGUGGGACAGCCUGAAUAUAUAUAUAUAUAUAUAUAUAUAUAUAUAUAUAUAUAUAUACUGUGUUCAAAAAUUCUACCAGAAAUUUUGUUCUGAAGUAUCAAAUAUAGAACGUUUUCUGAAAAAAAAAUUUCUUGGGGUAGUACUUUAGGGAUGUCAUUUUUUGAUUUUCCUUAUAAAUGAGAAAACCGGAAAACUAGGGAAAAUUUACGAAAUGUAGGUAUUAGUAAAAAAAUAUUAUGGUCUAUUUUUCCUAUGAACAACUUUUAUACCAUCAAUUUUGCUCUAAUUUACUUUAAUAGCACUUUCUAAAAGGAAAUCUGACUAGGAUGGUCCUACAAAGAAGUCAUUUUUUGGUUUUCCUAGCUGUUUUCAUAAUAAAAGGUAAACAAUGGGAAAAUAGGUACAAAUAUUUUUAAAGACAAUUUAUAAUGCAUAUGUAAUAAUUUUCUAUAAUGUGACAUAUAUAUAUAUAUUGACAAAGCAACACUAUUAACCAAAUUCUGCUUAAAAUCAUUUUUUUUUAGCAAUGGUUAAUCAUAUACAGAUAUACAUACAAUUUCCCCUUCACCUUCCUAACUUCUCAUCUACAACAGUGGCCCACCCACAUACAAAGUAUGUCAGUCUUUUGUAUUAUUACAUACUGGCACAAUAAUAUAGCAGUUAUACAAAUAUCAUGACCAUAAUAAUUUGCCUUUUACUAGUUGUUUUAGCUUAGAUUAGAUUACUGAGAUGUCAAUUUAAAAUAAUUAACUUUAAUAAAUUGCAGCAAAAUUUAUCAAAUAGCCAUUUACUUUUAAGAAAAGCUGCAGUUUCUUGUUUGAGACAGUUAUCACAACGUGAAGCAAAAGAAGUUUGUGAUAUAGCAGAAUCAUUUGUUAAUUCUCCAGAAAACAUUAACAACAAUGGUAAAUGAUCAUACAGAUUCUUACUGCAUAUUUCUGAUCUUAAAUGUUUAAAUUACUCGAAGAAUCUAUACAAUAUAUACCUAUUUUAGGUUUUUCUUUGACAGAAUCUGGUUUACCUGGUGUUUUAUUCAAUAUGUUGGACACAGAAAUGGAUAAACAACUUAUCCAAGAUAUACAUGAUACUCUUAUAAGCAUGCUUCAAAUGUUGGCUGUUAACAAUCUUACAAAAUGGAUAAAUUUAUGUAAAUCAGUACUAACGGUUUCUUCAGGUAUCAUUAAGAAUUUUAAAUAAUAAUUACUACUUUCAAAUUAUAAAAUUAUGUAUAAAUUUAUUAUAAAAUUUCUAUAGAAGUGAAUCAUAAAGAAAUAGAUAGAAACGAAGGAACUAUGAUGAAUGAUGAUGAUGAAACUGGAGAUGAUCAUGAUGAAUUCCAAAAAGAUUUUAAAAAAGAAAAUUUAUUAAUUAAGAGGAAACAGCAACCUAGAUGGCCAACUAGAGUAUUUGCUGUUCAGUGUAUUUGUCGAAUAAUAUCUGCGUGUCAUAAAGAGAGUGACUCUGCCCCUCAUUUUAAUUUAUCUUUAGCAAAAGAAUUAUCAUUUACUAAUAAUAAAGGUAUAAUAAGUUUUUCAAAAUUAUUUUUUGUAUUUUGUAAUUUAAAUUAUUAUUAUUAUUUACUAUUUAGGAGAUUAUUUAAUUCUUCAUUUAUCUGACCUAAUAAGAAUGGCAUUCAUGGCAGCAACUAGUGAAAGUGAUCAGUUACGAUUAGAAGGAUUUGAAACUCUGAAUGAAAUCAUUAAUAAAUUUGCUCAAGUGCCUGAACCAGAAUUUCCUGGUCAUUUAUUAUUAGAGCAAUUUCAAGCUCAAGUAAUUUUUUUUUCUCAUAAUGUUAAACAAAUAAUAAGUAAGUUCUACAAGAGUGUGGCGAAACCCACUAUGUAGUAUGGGUUGGAGUGCUGAGCAGUAGACAGAAAAGUAGAACAGAAAAUGAGUGUAGCAGAGAUGAGUGAAGUGAGAAGAGAAGAUAAGAUAAUGAAUAUGUAUGUUAGAGGUAGUUUUGAUGUGGCUUCGAUUUUGAACAAAAUAACAGAAAAUAGUCAUAGAGAUAAUUUGGUUAUGUUAUGCAGAAAGUUGAAUCAGAAGCAGUAAAAAUUGUAAGACAUAAUUUACAUAGGAUGAACAAAGGGGAGACAAAGAUCAAAUGAGAAGUAAUUGGAGACAAUUAAGAGUAUGUGUAUAUGAGGACAAUGUGGGGAUCAAUUCAAUUGGUAGUUUAGUAUGAAGGUGGAAAUAUUUAAAAUGAUGAAGACGAAAGAGAAGAAGAUGAGUUAUACAAAUAAAUUAGUCAUUCAUUUGUUCACAAUUACUUGAAUGAAUUCAUAUAGUAUACUUAAAUAUAAUUUAAAGGUAAGUGCUGCAUUAAGACCAGCUUUUUCCGAAGACACUCCUAGUCAUGUUACGGCUGCUGCAUGCCGUGUAUGUGGAACAUGGAUAGGAAGUGGAGUUGCACGUGAUUUAAAUGAUUUAAAACGUGUUUAUCAUUUAUUAGUUACAUCUCUUAAAAAGCUUAAACCUGGUUUCAAUAUAAACUUUAAUAGUUUAUAUAAUGAAAGUGUUGCAACAUUUGAAUGCUUAGCUAUACUAAAGGCUUGGGCUCAGGUAAAAAUUAUAUUUUUAAUUCAAAAUAGAUUUGUUAAUUUGUUUUAAAUUUUAGAUUUACAUUAUUGCAAUGAUAAAUAAUGGUAAUGCUCCAGGCAAUUUUAAUAACCUUAAUUUAAAUAAAAUUGAUGAUGACUUUGGAAAUUAUGAAGGAAAAAAUGAUAGCUUGUUGACUUUAAUUCAUCCAGAAUUAAACAUGUUAUCUAAAAAUUGGCAAGAUGCUCUUAAGGAUCAUGCCCUUUUAUUGCUACCUUGUGGUAAGUAUUUUUUCUUAUAAACACAAUUUCAAUAAUAUUUUUUUUAUUUUAGUCAUAAAUAAUUAUAUUAGUAAAUUGUAAUAAUAUUAAUUCCACUGGUUAUAAUUGUAUACAAAUUAUUAUAUGUAUAACUAAAUUUGACAUAUUUUAUUAUUAUUUAUGCCUAAUUAAAUAUUUAUUUUCUUAUUAUGUGUAAUUUUAAUUACCUAAUAUGAAUUGAAACUAUACCUUUUCCAAAAAAAAAAUUGCUAAUAAACAAAAUAUAAUAUGAAUUAUUUUAUAAACAGAAUUUAACAGUCAACUUCCUCACGAGGGUGGAGCCUUUUAUACUUCAAGUACAAUUGAUAAUAGUAGAAACCAUUAUAAGAAUGCAUGGCCUCCAAUUUUAUACGCUUUAUCACUGUGGUUGAAUUCUGAAGACUUUAAACGAGUAAAUUCUAAUAUCGAUAAAGAAUUACAAGAUAAAUUUUAUCUAAUAUUCGGUAAUAUUAUUAUUAAACAUCAAUAUUAUUUUUAUAAUUCAUAUAAAAUGACAAUUUUUUUUUUUUAGGUAUUUGUACUGAAGCUGUGUGUAAUCAGCGUACUUCAGAAAAUUUUGAACACUUCAUAAUUUGUCUCAAAUCGUUAUAUACAAUAUUAGAUUCAUCAUUAACAAGACAAAUUAUGAUGAAAAAUAGUAUUUUAGCAGUCGAAACAUUAAAUAUUUUACACAAGUAAUGUUAUAUAUAUAUAAUAUAAAUUCUCAAUAAAACUACAAUCUUAUUAAAUAAUUAGUAUAUAAUGUUUUAGAUUACUUUUAACUAAUGACAAUAUUGAAGUACAACAAACUGUAAUGAUUAUUGUAAAACAAAUAGUUAAAGCUGCUCAAGAAGAUUUAAAAAUAAAAAAAUCAAAAAUUAUUAAAGGUAAUGUAGUCAAUAUCCUAAUGUGUUUUUAAUAAAUAUUUUCAUGUUCAAUAGACACAAAUUCAGAAUUACCAACUACUGAAGAUAUAGAAUUUUUAGGUGAUGGAGGACAGGAUGGAGUAUUAGAACAUAAUACAAGUAUUGUAUUUGCUAUCUUAGAAGUUUGCAUGUGUUUGAUUGUUCGACAGAUACCAGAUAUGAAUCCAACACCUUUAGUAUCUUCAACCAGAAAAUUAUAUUCAAAUAAUUUGAAUCAUAAUGUUAUUGCUACAACAUUAAAUAUAAUGGCCCAACUUCCAAAUCUCUGUUCUCCUAAUGGUAUAACAAUUUAUAUUUUUAGUUUACUUAAAGAGUAAAUCUAAUUAUUACUAUUUCUAAUAAUUUGUAUUUACAGGAGGAGUUCAAAUACUUCCAACAAUUGCAUAUUUAACAACUAAUGUACUAAAAGAACUAGGAGAAAUUAAUAACUCAAAUGAAAUGUACAAUCACAGAGUUUCUAUUCAAGCUGCUCUGGACUUUUUUCAAUUACUAUGUAAACAUCCUUAUGGAUAUAAUAGUGUUUCAGAAAGUAAAUGGAGAUCACUUUUACAAAGUACCAUUGCUAAACUUAUUGAUAUUUCAAAAACAGGUAUUAUUUGUAUAAAUAAAUAAAUAAUUAAUUUAAAGUGAAUUGAAUUGAAUUAUAUAAUUUGUAAUUAGGCGAUGAAGGGAAAAAAGUAGAUGAUGUUACAAUGUUGUCUGUAAUCACUGUAUUUACAUUACAUGCACCACCUGGUGUGAUGUUUGUACAAAAUAUUUUAUAUCCUUGUAUUAAUUAUUGCACUCAGUGUUUUGGAAGUAAUAAUAUUAUUGUAAGUAUAUGAUUUUUAUACACUGUGUUAAAAUUAUAUAUAUUGAAUAAGCAUAUUGAAAAUCAUUAUAAUAUUUAAAUCUGUAACAUUUAAUUAAAUACAUUACAGUUAGUUUGUAAUAGUAUAAUUUUGUUUAAUUUUCACAUAGUAUAUCCUUUAUGAGUAAUUUAAUUAUAAGUGUAUUUAUGAAAAUUAAUGGAGUUCCAUACUUUUGAAAUUAAUUUUCUGUUUUAAACUCUAUAUUAGAGUUUUAAGGAAUUAAAUAUUGGUAAUUUUAUGGCAGUAUGCAAAGUGUAUGCGUAUUUCAAAUGAACAUUAUUGAAGGUGAUCCUAAUGGAAUGAAAUACUCAUGCAUGCCCAAAUACAAUUUCACAUGCACUAUCAAAUUAAAUUGACCCUUUUUUGAUCAAAACAUACAACUAUUUUGUGUCCUUUUGCAAGAUGUCCAAUUUGAAUUAAGUAAUCCAAUAGGACUUGAUAAUAAACCAAUUUGAGUUUGUUAUUAUAUUUACUUAAGAAUAAUCACACCACUUUGUCAAAUUUUUAAUUUUAACUGUUUAAUCAAACCUCAAAAUUAUUUAAAUUUUAUAAUUUUUAAGAAAAAAAUAAGGACAUCAAUUUUAAGUGAAAUAGCCAAUUUCAAGUUGAAUAAUAAAGAAUUUAAAUUAGUUUUUAAAAGUUUUAUUGUAUCAAUAGAUCUAGAUUAGUAUUUUUUACUCAAAAAACCAGUAUCAAAUCUCCUUCGGUGAGAAUGUGAUUUAAUGUAUCUAUUAUUUAUUUGUAUAAUGUUUUAUGUAUCUUUAUAUUACUAUUGGAUACUUAGUAUUUUCAUGUAUUAUUUAGGUUAAAACAAAAUGCAUUCAAUUUCUAAAAUCUGUAUUUCAACUGGAAGACAAGUAUAUUGCAACAGGUUAUAUUCAAGCAUUAGCUCCACGCCUAAUAGAAUUGUUAUGCGAAGAAUUACCAAAAACAUUGUUGAAGUCUCAUUUGAUUAUGCUCUGUGAAACAAUUAGCUCAGUUGAAAUUUUAGUUCAAUUGGCACAACCUAAACAUAGUAAUUUUAUAACAAAUAUAUCAUUAUUAAUUAGAAUUUAAAAAAAAAAAAUUAUUUUAAACAUAUUAACUGUAUAUUCCAAAAUAGUUGAUACUGAAUGCACAUACUAUCUUCCAACUCCUCCAACUGGUUCCUAACCAGAAUAAUAAGAAAUAAUUUUAAAUUAUUAAUUUAAGAUUCCGAGCAUAGCAAGAGAGCUAUUGGUUUUACUAAGAUGUUUAUUUUUAUUUUAUUUUUUGUUCUUUGUUCUAAUUUAUAGACACGUUUUUUCUGAUUAAACUUGCUCUGAUUUUUAAGUGUAGUAACUUUUUAAUUUUCAAAGACAUUUUUUAAAUAAAAGCUCUAAAAUUUAAAAAAAUGUAGAACGUACAAUUUCACGAUUUCAUUAUUUUAUAAAAACACGGACAAUGUUUUCUACCAGAAAAAAUAAUUUAAUGAUUUAAUUAAAAAAAUCACCAAGACACUCUUUCUUCGCCUUUUUGAUUUACUUUCUUUUCUUACAGUAUCAUUGCCAAAACUUUUGAGCUUUUAAGGAAUUUUAAUUGUUGAUAGUUUUUUUUAUGUAAUUAAGUUAUAAAUACACAUAGAGACUUAAAAACCUGGUAAUAAUACUUAUAUUGGAUUUACCUAGACGUAGUAAAAUUUCCAAAAUCAUCGGAUGACUUUUUUUUCCUAAUAGAUCAAAUUUAAACGAAAAUCGUAAAAAAAAAAAAAAUGAUGGCACUUCAAAUUAUGUAUUACCAAACUGCGCUCGGAAUCAUCUCUUUCGUUAAGCAAUUGUUUAUCAUUGCUUACAGAUAUAUAUGAAAUAACCUUAUGUAUUUUACCUUUCCAACUUCUCAGUGGCCACUCCCAUACCCAGUAUCAGCUCUAUUUUUUAAAUUGUUCAUAAUAAUAGUUGAUUAUGUAUAACACUGUGUACAAACAGCCUAUUUGUUGUAGACAAUUAACUCAAGUGUCUCAGAAGUCUCAUUAUUUAAUACACUAUUGUUCAAAGUGUUAAACGAUAUACUCUAUUUGAACAUAGUUUAUUUUUUAUAACCUAAUUAACAUUGUGUUAAAUAAUAUCUAAUAAUUUUAAUGUAUAACUUUAUUUUAAUUUAUUUUUGAUAACUAGUUAAGUUAUUGUAGGACCAAUAUUAUAACAUUUACCUACUAAUAUUCUGUGAUAAAUUUAUAUAUAUCAUAGAACAAUGUGUUUUGUUAUUACAAAUUGUUUUUAGACUAUUUAAUCUGGAUAUUGAUUACAUACUGACUAGGUAUAUUUUAUUUUUCAGGAAUUCAAAUGUUGUCAUUACUAGUACCAGCAUUAAUACAUUUUCUUGUUGAUACAGAAUCAAUUAAUUGUGAUACUAAUACAUCUAAAUUUCGGUGCAAACUUCAUGAAUUUAGUUUACAAUGCUUAUUAAAGAUUGGACCUAUCUAUCCUAAUGUAUGGUUAUUAUUUAAAACUUAUAUUAAAAUUAAUUGAUGUUUUUUUUUUUUCUAUAUUGUUUUAGGAAUUUAAAAUAAUUAUGUCUCAAAACAAUAAGUUGAGAACAAAAUUAGAACACACAAUUAAAACAAAUAAAUCUAUCCAACAACAAUUUAACACUGGUUGUCAAAUAACACAAAAUAUAACAAUAUCAAUUAAGCCUUCAAUCAAACUCAAAACUGAUUUCACUAAUUUUAGUUAA